GGCAUUCCAUUUUCAGCUGAUGCUAUGAAUUCUGGACAAUAGUCAGGUUAAAUUGAUAAUUUCAUCAUCGCUAUCUGAAAACACCAGCAAAUGAAGCAUGCAUAAUGACCAUAAUGGUUAAAAUGGUGACUUUAUGAAGUCUCGGAGCAUUUACAAUGGUGCAAAUGGAGGGAGUUGUAAGUUUAAGUGACAUGUGCUCGCAAGUAAAAAAGUGCAUGGCAUCAAUGUGAGGGUUAAUAUUGGGUUGUAUUAAAAAAAUAAGUAGAAUCCACAAUCACAAUUGCACGUGGAUAGUAUUGUGUUAGUAUGUGGUAUAAGAUUCAUUAUUGAACCUCCCAAAAACUCGACUUAUUCAAAUCAACUGAUUCUAACAUAGUAUCAGAGCCUUCUAUGAUAGAGAUGUCUUGAUUUGGAAUCUCCACGACCCCCAUUUGUUAAGCAUGGGGUAUUCGGACUUGUGUCAACUUCAAGCUUUUAUAAGUUAUGAGUGACUUUGUUUUGAGAAAGCGUGUUAGUCUUUGAUACAAAAUCUAAUAUUGAAUCUCUCGCAGCAAUUUAAUGGAAUCAACGGAUUUUUAACACAUUGUAGAUGUAGAUGAAAUGAAAGUGGAGAGCAUUGAAAUGACAAUAGCAAACACACUCGAAAAUGCAAAAGAAUUCUAUUGUUUGAGAUGCUCUGCCGCAAUUUUUCAUGUGUUCCCGAAAAGAAAUUAGUUUCAUAAGCUGCCCAGAACAAGACAACAUCAUUGCUUCUGGAGUUGGAAUGACAACUUGGUAUCGUACAACCUCUUUUAGUUGGAUUUUAUGCUUCCCUGCAAUACGUCGUCGUUUCAUGGUUUUUGUGCUUUUCACCUGUUACUGCUACCUAGUCAAGUUUCUAUUUCCCUUCGGCAAUCCCAGCCUCCCAGGCCAGUCGUCGCUCUUGGUCUCCCCUCUUCUAUUUCUUUCUUCUCCAGAAGCAAGCAGAUCAAUUUGCAGUAAGUAAGCAGCUGACAGAGAAUGCAACUCUCUCUCUCUUUCUAUCUCAUCUCGAUUCUCUUGUGGCGCCUUAGCUAGCUGCCGCCAUUGACGGAAACGACUGUAAGUCAUCUCUCUCUUUCCCUCUCUGCUCUUUAAAUUGUCGGAUCCUGAUCCGUUUUCUCUGCUGGUUAUGCACUAGCUUGGAUGUGGGCGAACAAUUACUUCGUGCUCGAGUCCUUGAACGUUCCCAUCUUCGAGACCACCCAGUCCUCAAUUUUCAUCAUCCUCUGUAUUCAGCUUGAACUUUUUUCAAUUUUUAGUUUCAGUCUUCGAUUUUUUCAUAGUUCGCAUGUUUAGUCUUCGAAGUAUCUUUCUUUCAUCACUGCUCUAUUCCUAUUAGAUGUGCCAUGUUGCUAAACUGAAAAAAAAGAUUUAAGCUUUCCUCGGUUCUUUUUCAGUUCAAAGCAAUACAAUAAGCCAGGAGUUUGUAUGAUUAACUCGAGUAAUCUACAGCUUUUAGAAUUAUGUAUGUGUUCUAAUUAGUUGAAGGCUUAACCAUGGCUGACUGACUUAAGUAGUAUUGUGUGUGUAUGGGAUGUUUUUGUGAAGAAAUGGAUUACUUGAAGUGGGCUGUGACGGUGAUUGCCCUGUUGCUACCGCCACUGAUCAUUCUCUACAAGCUAUGGCUGGGAAGGAGAAUUUCAAACAGGGCGAACAAUGUUGAUAAUGCCUCUCGAACGUUAGACUCUAUUGCUUCUGCUUCUGGUUCUGCAGAUUCUGACACUUUGCUGCCCCUACCAUUUGGAGAGUAUGAAGUGUUUCUGAAUUUUCGAGGUCCAGACACUCGUUAUCAGAUCACUGACAUCCUUUAUCGUUUUCUUGUUAACUUGAAAAUCCGCACGUUCAAGGAUGAUGAUGAGCUCCGGAAAGGGGAAGGGAUAUGGCCCAAUCUUGUCGAGGCUAUCGAGCAAUCCAAGAUCUAUGUUCCCAUCUUCUCUGAGAAUUAUGCAUAUAGCAAGUGGUGUCUCAAAGAGCUUGCUGUAAUUGUUGAACGGCAGGAGAGAAACCAAGGUUGCAUCAUACUCCCCAUUUUCUAUAUGGUGGAUCCCAGAGACGUACGACAUCAAAGUGGACCUUAUCUAAGUGCAUUUCGUCAACACGAGAAUUUCUUUGAUGAAGAGACCAUAAGAAUCUGGAAAGCUGCUCUGAAUAAGGUUGGAGCUUUGAAAGGAUGGCAUGCCAAAAGCAAUGACGAGCAGGGUGCUAUAGCAGAUCUUGUUACUGGUGUUGUAUGGUCACAUCUGAGUAAGAAUAAUGUUUUAGAGACUGAUAAGUUGAUUGGAAUGGAUGAUCACAUAGAAGUAGUAAAAGAAAGAUUGGCCCUAGACUCUCCAUGUACGACAAUUGUUGGCAUUCACGGUAUUGGUGGUAUAGGUAAGACCACUAUUGCAAAGGCUGUUUAUAACAAAGUAUCCCCUCAAUUCGAUCGCUGUAGCUUUGUGGAAGAUGUUAGGGAAAUGUUACAGCAAAGGGAUGGUAUUAUCAUUUUGCAGAAGCAUAUCAUCUCAGACAUUCUAAGGGUGAAGGACUUUGCUGAAUCCAUUGCCAAUAACAGUGCAGGAAUCAGAAUCAUAAAAGAUAGAAUUUCUCGUUUCAAAUUUCUUAUUGUUCUUGAUGACGUGGAUGAGAAGUUUCGAUUUGAUAAGAUAUUGGGAAACAUCAAGAAUUUUGUUUCGGGGAGUAGAUUCAUCAUUACGUCUAGAAACGUAAAAGUUUUGAGUACUUUGACUGAUGACUGCAAGUUAUAUAAAGUACUAGAAAUGAAUCAUUCUCACGCACUCCAACUAUUCUGCAAUCAUUCAUUCAAACAGGAUUCUCCUCCAUCUAGUUAUGAGACUUUGUCGAAUGAUAUUGUUUCUGUUGCAGCUGGACUUCCAUUGACUCUUAAAGUUGUAGGGUCACUAUUAUUUCAAGAGGAGAAAGUGAUUUGGGAAGACAAAUUGAGGCAGUUAAAAGAGAUUCCAGAGGAAGAGGUUAUGGAAAGGUUAAAGAUAAGCUAUGAUACAUUAAAUGAAGAGGCAAAGCAGAUUUUCUUAGAUAUUGCUUGUUUCUUCAUCGGAGAGGACAAAGAUCUACCUUCUUAUAUGUGGAGUGAUUGUGAUUUUUUCCCUAUAUCCAAUAUCAAUAUUCUUAGACAGAGGUCUAUGAUUGAAAUUGCAUCUCAUGAUUAUCAUAAACCAGAAUUUCUCCGAAUGCAUGAUCAACUUAGAGAUAUGGGUAGAGAAAUUGUACGCCAGGAAAGCAUAAGACAUCCAUGGCAGAGAAGUAGGAUAUGGUCGAAGAAGAUGACUCUCGACAUGUUACGUAACAAAAAGGAAACAAACAGAGUCGAGGGCAUUAGAACAUCCUAUGAGGGUGAUGGGGAGGGCCUCGAGAAAGAAUGCUUUAUGAAUUUAUCAGAGUUAAGAUGCUUUGACAUAAUAGCUACGGUGCUCUCUGUCGACUUUAGUAGUUAUCUUUUGAAUUUAAGAUGGCUUCGAUUGAAGAUUGGAUAUGGUGGGUUUAUGCCUAAGUUUUGUGUGGAAAAUUUGGUGAUUCUUGAAUUAUUAAGCCCAGUGAAGGAUGGUUGGAAAGGUUUGAAGCACAUCAAGAUGGCCAGCAAGCUCAAAGUGUUGAAACUUUCGGGUGAGUUUCUUAUUGAAUAUCCUCAGUUUCCACAUUCCAGGAGUCUAGAGGUAUUAUAUCUGGAAAAUUUUGGGCCUCAGUCAUCCCAUGAAGACUUGGAUAUUGGGAAUUUGCUGAACCUUAAAGUGCUGCUUCUGCGGUAUUGUGAGGUAAGAUCAAUUACGGGUGGAACCAUUGGGAUGAUGAAGGGGCUUCGGGAGCUCAACAUCACUGAUUUAAGGUUUCAGAAGAAUCUGAGAGAAGCCCUUGCUGAUAUUGGAGAAUUGCAGUUUCUCGAAAUCUUGAUAGUGGAGCUAAGAAAUGAGAAUUUAAUGCUGGAUACUAAGCUUCCACCAAGUUUGAAGGUGUUAGUAACUCCAUUUCCAAUUGCCAACCUUCCAGAGCUGCUAGAGUUGGAGAAACUAACAGUUAAUGAAUGUGAGCUGAAGAUCCCUCUAGCGGACAGUAGUAAUAUGUGGUGGAAGAUAUCCAAAUUGAAGCAUUUAAAGCUCUACAGGACAAAGAUCACUAUCCCAAUUAAUACUUCCUUGCCUCUGCUUCCAUCAUCACUGACCACCCUCCACAUCGAUUCUUGUUCCGAGCUGGAGUGCUUCCCAAGUCUUAAGAAUCUGGAGAACUUGACUGACUUAUCCAUCGAAUGCUGUCCCAUCCUCAAGGAGAUCCACGGUCUUGGAGGGCUGAAAUCUUUACGAACUCUGAGUAUAGUACAAACUGCAUGCAAUCUGGACGGUCUUGAGAGUCUCCACUCUUUGACGUCCUUGAAACUUACAGGUUGUGAUGCAUUGGAAAGACUGCCCAGCAUGGCGUCUUUGAGCAAGUUACUUGAUUUGGAUAUCUCUUUCUGUGAUAGUCUCACAGAAAUCCAAGGUCUUGGAGGGCUGAAAUCGCUGCGAAAGUUCAGGAUUUUUUGUGCAAAGAAUUUAACUCAUCUCCUCGGCUUUGAAACUCUCCUAUCUUUUAACAAGAUGGAAUCUUUAACCAUACAGUACUGUCUUAAUCUCACAUCGGUGCAAUUCCAUGACCUUGAUGAUGAACGCCUUAUAGAAGAAGUAGCACUCAACUCUUUACGGCAGCUAGACAUCUGUGGAACUAUGCCACUGCUGCAGAUCUUCUGCCGGAUGUUUCAGCUGUCAAUGUUCCCAAGUCUCACAGAGUUGACACUGACCGGUUUGGCGCAUGAUUACCAUUAUGAAGAUAUGGAAUUACGCCUGCAUGGGCUCGAGUCUAUGGUAGAGUUAGUCGAGUUGUCUUUGCAUACCAUGGUCUCAAUACGCAGACUACCUUCCUUGUCGAAGCUGCAAAACUUGAAAAAGUUAAUUGUCACGUAUGCUCCAAAUCUGCUGGAGAUUGAGGGACUUGCUGGUUUGAAAUCCUUGGAACACUUAAGUCUCACUGACUGUAGAUCUUUGGAAAGAUUGCCUGCAGAUCAACUAUCUGGUUUGAAGCAGUUGGAAAGUGUGUACAUUAGCGGUUGCACAAAGUUGAUUGAUCGAUCUUCUCUCAGUACACUACAGAAUGUAGAGAUACAGUGGUCAGAUUCUGAAACCGAGAGCUCGGAUGCAUAACUGGCGCAAAAGUCUAUUUUCUUACCUGCAACCUUUGAUGACUAAACGAUCUCGGUAUUUGGAUUAGUAAAGGUGACCUUCCCUACUAACAUAUUCUUAUUGUGCAGUUACAUUGAAUCUCUUGUUGUAAAUAGUGAAAUACUGAUAUGGUUGGGGGAUAUCUUCCUAUUUGGGGGUGCGUUUGACAUUAUUUUGCGUAAUUAGCUGAUUAGAUUAUCUUGUCGGUUGUCAGAUAAACAGGAUUUCAGGAUGGAGGAUCAUGGGAAAGCUGAUGAAGGAGGAUGUCCUUCAAUGGUUCCAUUAUGUGAGCAUUGCUCUCAGUCUCAGAUGGACAAUGUAUCUUCCCACCGGCGAAAGACAUUCACGUCAUUCGUCUGGCCCUUUCCAUAAUCUCGAGUCUUAACGUGUGCAUCGAUCUGAAUGUUUGAAUCUUCAUAUCGAUCGUAGGACGCUAUUUGAUUAUCUGGCUAUGCCUCUAACUACACUGGUGUGAGCUUUUGUGGUCUGUGCAUAAGCAUUAUACUGUGAUGUGCUGUUGAUGGGCUUUCUAGAUUCUGGGUAACACUCAGAACUAGCAGGUAGUCAUCAUGUUUCCACUGAUGAAAACCACAGUGACAAUAACGUCAGUUACUGGAGUUCUCAUGCCUAGUUGUACAUAUGAGUUGCAUAACACGAGGAAGACUGGCAAGCAUUAUGUCAUUGGCCCAAGUAUCUGGCUGCAUGGGCCGACCCUGCAAAAGAAAGGAGUCCGAUAAAACAAACGCAGGUAC